GUGGCCGGCUGAUCAGUCAGUCAGUCGGUCGGGGAUUUUCACAAAAUUCAGCCGCACAUUCAGUUCGCUUUCCGGGCUCAUUCGAGUCGCAACGUUGGUGGGCGUGCUCCUUCACAUUCACUCUUGAGUCUUGCUUCGCGGUUUCCAAAAUGGUUUUAAUAAACACAUAAAAAACAUUUAAAAAUAAACCCAUUCAAAUUAAUUUGGCGAGCGACGGGCACGCGAGGCAAUAAACAGUGCACAAACACAAAAAACGAAGGAAAUUAAGAGAGCAAUAUAAAACAAUAAACAAUUAUUCAAUCGACUGUGACUAUUAUAAAGUGGCCGGCAACGUUGCGUAUACGCAAUCCGUAGUCCGUAGAAGGAAGUGAGUGCGCGGGGGAGUGCAUGGUGCAAAAAGUGAAAAUAUUCGCAUUGUUUAAGUCUAUUACAACUGGCAUUGACAUUGACAUUGUCAUUGUCCAUUUGCGUUCUACGACGGAGCUCCCCAGUUGCAUCUCGCCAGAUGGCAUAAAUAACUUCUGGGCCACCAUGAGAAGAACUUUGGAAGGCAGCUAAGUUUCCAAGGACAAGAAGUUGGCGAGCAGCUUGCAGGCCAGCCUCGAGAACACACUUGAAUGGAGUUGGACAAAGGCCUGGCGAUGUGGCCCCGACGGCGGUUACAGAGUGUUUUUUAUAUAGCGCCACAGGAGCCGUUGCUGCGGCACGAGGAGGAUGACUACCAGGACGAGCUGUUCGCCCUGCCCGAUUCCGCCUCUUUGCUGUACAAUGAAACCACGGCACUGGCGGAAGAGGAGCUGCACGAAGGGUACGGCUCCAGCACACCGGCACUCAAUGGCCUGGAGGGCGAGAGCUUCAAUGUCACCGUGCUCAUGAACUUCAGCUGCGAUGCCGACGACACCCAAUCGGAGGAUCUGUGGAGCAGUGUCUACUUCAAGAGCACCGUCUACCUGCUGUACAUUCCCAUAUUCAUAUUUGCCCUGAUCGGCAAUGGGACCGUGUGCUAUAUCGUCCAAAGCACCCCGCGCAUGCGCACCGUAACCAAUUACUUUAUCGCCAACCUGGCCCUGGGCGACAUCUUGAUGUCCCUCUUCUGCGUACCCUCCUCCUUCAUAUCACUUCUCAUUCUAAAUUACUGGCCCUUUGGCAUCGCCCUCUGCCACUUUGUUAACUACUCGCAGGCGGUGUCAGUCCUGGUCAGCGCCUACACCCUGGUGGCCAUCAGCAUCGAUCGGUACAUAGCCAUCAUGUGGCCCCUCAGGCCGCGCAUCACCAAACGAUAUGCCAAAUUUAUCAUCGGUGGCGUUUGGUUUAUUGCACUGGCCACGGCUUUUCCCAUACCUGUUGUUUCCCGGCUCGUGUUGCCAGGGUCGCCGUGGCAUCAAAAAUGUGAGAAAUACAUUUGCCGCGAGAUGUGGCCAUCGCGUGUCCAGGAGUACUACUAUACCCUGGCCCUCUUCACGCUGCAGUUUGUCCUGCCGCUGGUGGUACUGAUUUUUACCUACACGCGGAUCGCCAUCGCCGUGUGGGGCAAGCGACCACCUGGGGAGGCGGAGAACUCGCGGGACCAGCGGAUGGCCCGCUCUAAGCGCAAGAUGAUCAAGAUGAUGCUGACGGUUGUGAUUGUUUUUACCAUGUGCUGGCUACCCUUUAACAUUCUGCAGUUGCUGCUCAACGAUGAGGAAUUCGCGCGAUGGACUCCGCUGCCGUACGUGUGGUUCGCGUUCCAUUGGCUGGCCAUGUCGCACAGUUGCUACAACCCAAUCAUCUAUUGCUACAUGAACGCCCGAUUCCGGGGCGGAUUCCUACAGAUUAUGUACCGCGUACCGGGUCUGCGGCGCUGCUGCUGCCUGCACCGUUACCUGGGCAGCAGCGGCGGACGCAGCUACGAAGCAACUGGUGAGAUGCCCUUCAAGUACCAUCGCCGACUCGGUGAUGGUCUAGUCAGGAAACCUAAAAUACGCAUUAGGAACCGAAAGGGCUUUUCACCUGCACCGUGUGAACACCUGCACCACAUACAUCAGCACAAGGAGAAAGCUACGAGCGAAUUCUAUGCAAGCGAGCCAAUUUUCAUGUGCCGAGACCUCAGUUUUGCGGUAGCUUCCUGUCCCCCCGCCGAGGAGUCGUCCGGCCAGCGAUCGGCAAACGCCUCCCGGGCGUUUCCGGUGAACGGAAACUGCACGGAGUUCUGAGCUGUACGGAAAACAACCAAAGAACCGAAUCUCCCACAACUUGUGCGUACUUAAGUGGGUGUGCGUGUGUAUAUGUCUGAAUGUUUCAAAUGUAUUGUAAGUGUCGACUCAAUGUAAUUUUACUAAAUAUAUAUUAAUGAUAAUCUAAAGAAAAUAAAUACAUAAAUCUACAUGAAAUUUAUCAAACGAAAAUCAGAGUAACUAAGAGUAAAAAAAAGUCCCAAGAAUAUG